GAUGCUCCCAGAACCAAACCCGUCUCACACGUUUCUUUCUUCAGACUCUGAAGUUCAGAGCUCUUGUUCUCAAAAAACCAAACCCUAGCCAUCUAACCUCCAUCACCGCCGCAAGGAGAGAGACACUACCGCCGUCCGUCGCGCUCAGGAGCUUCUCUCUUCGUCUGGUUGUCGUGCUCCAGAUUUCCAACCCCUGUUCACUCUCACCCAUUGCAGUUUCUUCCUCAAGAUCGGCGUCCGUCGUCUGCGCUUCUGCCGCCGUCCGUCGCGCUCAGGAGCUUCCGUCUUCGUCUGGUUGUUGUGCUCCAAGUCUCGACCAUGAAGACGGACGUAGACGGGUCGCCAUCGUCGAUGGCGUUCAACUUUUCUUCCUCUUACUCUGCUCACUGCCCUCACCGAAGGUGACGGCAGUGCGGCCGCACAGUUUGGAGUGCGAAGUCAUCCACACCGCGAGAAGUGCGAAGUUAAAAGCUACUUAAGAGAAAAUACUUGAAGCUAAAUAAUAAAGCAAAGCAGUGAUGGCUGUGAUCACCCGCCGAAUCGCUACUCUUACUCACCGCUACUUCUCCUCUUUCUCAACUGCCAAAAAAGUUCCCCUUCUCUAUGCCUUCAACGAAAAUGACACUACUUCUAACCAAAACGACGCCGCAACACUCCAGCUUCUUUCUUGGGGCAGAGGCGGUUCGGGCCAACUUGGCGGCGGAAUUGAAGAAAUCCGCCUCUACCCUGCCCCGGUCGCGAACCUUGUCGUCCCUAAAAACUCCUUUGCCCUGUCCCCAACCCCCGGCCGCAUUCUGGACAAACCGGCCGCCUCCGCUGGCGACAGCGCGAAGAAGAAGAAUAAGAAGAAUAAGAAGGAAGAGGUUGUUGAAGUUGGCAUCUCAUGUGGCCUUUUUCACUCUUCUUUGGUUGUUGAUGGGUCCUUGUUGGUUUGGGGCAAAGGUGAUGGUGGAAGGUUGGGUUUUGGACAUGAGAAUCCCUUGUUUGUUCCUUCAUUGAAUCCACAUCUUGAUAGCGUUCGCUCUGUAGCCCUUGGUGGCCUGCAUUCGGCAGCGCUGACCUCUGCCGGCGAGGUUUUCACAUGGGGUUAUGGUGGUUUUGGUGCACUUGGACAUUCGGUAUAUACUAGAGAACUAUUUCCUAGGUUGGUAAGGGGCUCCUGGGAGGGAGCUAUACAACACAUUGCUACCAGUGGAACACACACUGCAGCAGUCACAGAAUCAGGGGAGCUUUAUAUUUGGGGUCGAGAUGAAGGGGAUGGUCGGUUGGGCCUUGGUCCAGGCCGAGGCCCAGAUCAUGCUGGGGGAUUGAGUAUCCCUUCGAAAGUAAAGGAAUUACCUGUGCCCAUUGCUGCCGUUUCCUGUGGGGGAUUUUUCACAAUGGCAUUGACAGUUGAUGGACAAUUGUGGAACUGGGGAGCCAAUUCUAACUAUGAACUUGGGAGAGGGGAUAAGAUUGGUGGUUGGAAACCAAAACCAAUACCUAGCCUUGAGAAUGUCCGAAUCAUUCAAAUUGCAAGUGGAGGAUAUCACUCCUUAGCAUUAACUGAUGAUGGCAACGUUCUUUCCUGGGGACAUGGCGGACAUGGUCAGUUGGGUCAUGGAUCUUUGCAUAGUCAGAAGAUACCAACAGUAGUUGAGGCUUUAGGUGAAGAUCAUAUUAUAUAUAUUUCGUGUGGGGCUUCUUCAGCAGCAGCUGUGACAGAUACAGGGAAGCUUUACAUGUGGGGAAACGGCACUGAUUCUCAGUUGGGAGUUCCUGGGAAACCUGCAGUACAACCAAGCCCUAUUGAAGUUAACUUCUUAAUGGAAGAUGAUGGAAUGGGACCCCACAAAGUUCUAUCAGUUGCAAAUGGUGCAACCCAUUCCAUGUGUUUAGUUUUGAGGGGAAGUUCUUGAUACACAGAAACCCCCGUGAUGAUACUGUCCUGCUCUUGAACAAAGAUAAAAGUUCAUAGGCAAAAAGGCAAGCUUCAUUAGGUAAAAUUCAUAAAAAUCUUUUCUUUUGUUGAAUAAGAUGUCUCAAGAUUAUGGGAAAUUUCUUUGAUUUUGGAUCCUUGUCUUGAUGGCCGGAUUCAGAUCUCAUCACGUGGAUCCUGGAAAUUUUCUUUCUUGGGUUUGAUGAAGUAGAUCCCAUUAGUAUGAACUUUCUCAGUACUUGGGAAAUCUCAAACUUAGUUGUAGGAGAAUGCUACGAUGCACUGAGUUGAACUUGGUUGAACUUGAUGCAUCAUGCACAAAGGUAAUCCAACGGCUCAAGUCUAGUACAUAAUAGAUCGACAUAAAUUUACACCCUCGGAUUGCCAUAGUGAGUGAAUUUAAGACAAUUGUCAUUAGUUGCAUUGAUCUAGGAUUGAUAAGUGCCUGUGUUGUCCGUAGGAAGCUAUCAUAGACAAUACAAUUUUGGACAAUUUCUUUCAAAGUACUGAACUACAUGCACAGUUCUCCUCCAUGCUCCACAAUUGUCGGGUUCAAGUAAUUGUUGUCAUAAGAGACUCAAGUGGAUAAGGCUGAUGCUUUUCCUCCCAACUUGUACCGAUAUUGAUUGAUAAAAAUUUAUUUGAUUUGUGGC